AAACAUUUGCUAACAACAAGAGGCAUUCUGCAUUCAUUGUUCUCCCCAAAACAAGAACCUGUCUCGAUGCCUUCACAGCGUAUACGCCGAAAGCAAAAUCUACCCAAAAAUUUUUGCCCAAUACUGUGAUAAACGAGGAUGAUAGUACCCUUGAAUUGAACAACUCACUGUUUUCAUUUUCAUCUCUACAUCCCACACAUCAGUCACGUGUGCUCUGCUGCGGCGUCGAGCUCUUCGCCGCUCCUACCCCCCCUGCCACCACCUGCAACACCAUUGAAAUCCGCACUAUUUACACGCACAAACAAGCUCCACUGCGUGAGAGUGGAGUGCCCACUCUGUUCUUUUUCUUUUACUUUGCUGCCAUUUUACAACCUUCGUUGUAUUAGCAUCGUAGUCGUUGUUGUAAAAGAAGUCCCUUGUCGGGGGGGUGUACUGCCAUUGUAGCCCACUUUUUACUAUUUGUGGCGGUGGAGAAAUCGUGGACUGUGAUUAUCUUUUCUGAAAGUUUGAAUCUUUGCAGUUUCUUCAUUAAAACCAUGCAGGCUUUAUUUAUUUGUUCUGCGCGUAAUGUGGUUGUUGUGGGUGUAUAGGUGAAACAGUAACGCUGGUAUAUUUGAUUUUUCUGGGAAUGGUUCUGGUGAUAGUAGUUGUGUGACAGAAGGGUCAGGUCCCUCUGUAGUUUCCCAAGACUCAGAAGCCUCAGUAAUUAUUUCCUCCGUUUCUAACAUUUUCGUUUCUUCAAUCCCAUACCUAACCCAUCUCUCUCUCUCUCUCUCUCUCUCUCUCUCUCUCUCUCUCUCUCUCAUAUAUAUAUAUAUAUAUAUAUAUAUAUCCGGGGUAUAUGUUGCUUAUUAUGUUAUACUGGUAGACUGAAUAAGUUCUUGAAUUAUGGCACUAUUCUAGUGCCAGUUUGGUUGUGUGGAUACAGCAUGUUCACACUUUGAAAUUUAGGAGGUAGAAAAUCUUGGAGAGAUGACUGGUUUAAAGGGCAAUGGUUCACCGCCAUCAUUGCCACUGCCGCGGCCUAAGUCGCCGCCGGAGUAUGCUGAUUUGUACAGGAAGCGCCGUGAAAUGGCCAAGGUUCAGAUGCUGGAGAGGGAAAUUGGUUUUCUUGAGGAAGAAUUGAAAUCUAUUGCAGGCCUUCAACCAGCUUCAAGACCCUGUAAAGAGCUUGCAGAGUUCGUGACGUGCAAUGCAGAUCCUCUUAUACCUGUCAGAACCAAGAAGAUUCGCAGAUCAUGUUGCCUCUGGAAAUGGCUCUGCGGAGCAUCCUGUUUCAACGUUUCCUCAAUUUGCUGUUGCUGUUGCCAGUCUCAUCUUGAGAGGACACGGUCCCAUGACUGCACUACAUGCAGUUGCAGCAACCCAUGCAAGGGCUGCCCGACGCCUAAAUGCAACCAUUGCUUCUGCUGCAGCAGCCGAUGCUCUAACAAGCCUACGUGCAGCUGGACUUGCUGCAUACCCAAGUGUCCUUCCUGCUUAACUUGCCCCAGCACAAGGUGUGUGUGUAAUGUUAAGUGCCUUGAGGGAAAUAUGUGCUCAUGUUGUACCAAAAGCUGCUGCAACUCUUGCCUCUUUUGUUAUUAGUAUAACUUUUGAGUUAUUUUUUCGGGUGAAUCUUCACUUGCCAUAAUCAAGUAU